UCACACCGUGACUUUCCGAGUCGUUGUGAGUAAAGCAGGAAGUAGUAGUGAGUGAACGUGAAGACGACGUGGCUCCGGCGACGUCUGACGGAGCCGGUGCUGCAUGUUGUUGUGGCGGCGGUGAGCGCGCGAUCUCGGCCGAACGAGCCUCCGUUUCGGUUUUAAAAACUGAAAUAAGUCACGUGAAUAAACAAAUAAAUAAAUCACGAGGACGGCUCUAAGGCCCAAGUAAAACACACAGUUUGAGGCAAACGACGGGAAUGGAAUAGGAUGAAUAAUUGUUAGGCUAGCAUUAGCACUAGCAUUAGCACUAGCAUUAGCACUAGCAUUAGCACUAGCAUUAGCACUAGCAUUAGCACUAGCAUUAGCACUAGCACUAGCAGCGCCGUCGUCGGGAGAGCCGCAGUGGAAGAACUUAGAAGAAGAACUUCAAGAAGAAGCGGCGUCGGCUGGACACACCGUAACAGUUCGGGGAAAACGGUGGAUUGUCUUCAAGUUCAUGUCGCUUAAGGAAAUGUACUCCUUCGACGGCGUGCUCGUGUUCGGCCUGCUGUUCAUCUGCACGUGCGCCUACCUAAAGAAAGUGCCCCGCCUCAAGAGCUGGCUGCUCUCCGAGAAGAGGGGCGUCUGGGGCGUCUUCUACAAAGCUGCAGUGAUUGGUACAAGGCUCCACCUGGGGGUGGCGCUCUGCUGCCUGGCUGCGGCCUUCUACGUGCUCUUCAUAAAGUGACCCCUUGGAUCAUGUUGCAAACUCACCAGAUACUCCCUGCACCCAAGAACUUUUAAGUGUGUGUGUGUGUGUGUCUGUACUAUGUGUGGGGACGAGAUCAAACUCUGGUGGCAAGGAGGUCCGGCUGCUGCCCUCUUCCCCCUUACAGCAACCCACUGAGACAUUGGUUCCCUAUGGGGUACUGGGCUUAAUGAUUUCUGUCCUACAGGGUGUGCGGGACUGAGAGGUGAAGAGCCUCAGAAGGCACACAGUAAAACUUGCCGUGUGUGUGUUCAAAAGGGAGAAGACUUUCUUCAGCUUACUGCUAAAGGGCUCUGAGAUGAGGGUGUGUGUGUCUGUACAGCUGUCCCAAUGACCAGUAGAGGUCUCUGCAUUACUCCUAUACCCUCUCUACCAACACUGACACAUACGUACAGGUGAUUGUUUACGUGUGUGUGAGUGCGUACGGUCUGUGUCCCGCAGCAGUCGGGUAAAGAGUUGUGUUUGGAACUGGACAAACUAGUAAAAAUUUAACUUCCUAUCCAAAAUACUUUGAUGGGCUUCUUCUUAGAUAUUAAUAAUGGGCUAAAAAUCUCAUUAUGGAUAAUUACUGUGUUUUUAUGUGUUCUCAAAACACAUGUGUAAAUAUUGUUUUCAGCCAGAGGGAAUGGAUGUUGCUGAGCAGGUGCAAAUAAA